AUGCCCCUCUUAAAUGGAAUGUGGUGUAAUCACUGGAAAAGGAAGAUGCAGCAUAUAUUCUAUUUUAUCGCUGUUUAUAUUGCUACUGUUCAGCAUACUGUUUUAGGCUGUGCUAACUGCAAGGUAUUGUUGACUGCUCCCUCUGGGUCUUUCACCUCACCAUGCUACCCUGAGAUUUACGCAAACAGCCAGGAUUGCAAAUGGAGAAUAAUUGCCCCUGUUGGAUUUAUCAUCCAGCUUACAUUUGUGGACUUUGAUGUUGAAGAAGCUCAGAACUGCAUGUAUGACUCACUUUCAUUAAACAAUGGAGAGACCACCUCAAAAUUUUGUGGAAUCACAGCAAAAGGUUUAAAAUUUAACUCAACUGCAAAUGAGAUGGUGAUAACUUUUGUAAGUGACUUCAGUAUUCAGAAAAAAGGCUUCAGUGCAACAUAUACCCAGGUGGCCGUAUCAUUAAGAAACCAAAAAGUCACCGUUCCCGAAAACCAAGGCUUAGGACUCGUUACACUGUCGUCCAAUGUUUCUAUUCCUCCACUGACUCAAAUGACUGUCUGUUUUGAAGCUACAAAAACUGAGAACAGUACAAAGAACUGGAAAGUGUUUUCUUACAAAAACUCUACAAUGGAUCUGCUAAGCUUUGGAAAAAUUGAAAAUAGCCAUAUGUUGUUUAUUUUGGGUGUUCCUUGCCCUCUAAAUCUAUCCUCGCCUCAAAACGAUGGUAAAGACUUCUUUACAUCAUCAUUUCAACAGCUGUGCAUGGUAUGGAACAACAAGGCAGAACAGAUAUUUGUGAAGACCAAGGAUGCAUAUUUCUCUAGUCUCUGCCCAGAUGCAAGGGAUCUGACAAUCCCAGGUAGUGGGAAUUUCAUGUUAGGAUCUUAUACUUCUAUAUCAGGACCACUUCAAGGGGAUGUUUACAACCUUCGUCUGUGGAAUACUGCAAUGGAUUCACAAACACUUUCAAACCUGACCUGUGAUCUAAAAGGGAAUAUUAUAAACUGGGAGAACAGUUUUUGGAGCAUCCCAUCAUGGGCAAGGAAAACAGAAAGCAAACUUAGCUGUGGUACUUCCCUACCAGCAACUCCUUCAACAGAACCAACUACCUGUGAAAAGCUGGCUGGUGUUUGUCAAGCGGCGGCAACUUCAGCAUCCACUAUGAUAACUACUAACAUGACUACUAAUAGCACCGAUAAUCCAACAACUGGUGGCACAUUUUACAGGAUUGGAAUUACUGUUGUGUCAAUAAACAUAAGUGAUCAAAUGAUUGUCCAAAAUACAGUGUCUACCUGGCUUAACAUGACAUUUCAGAAUUGGGAUUAUUCGGUGUUUGUUGUAAAUAUGAGCUUAACAAAGAGCCAUGAAAGAUUUGUUAGAGCUGUGGAGAACAAAGCCAAUCAAGGAUUUGUUAUAUGGGCUCUACUGGUGUACAAUAACAGCAACAACAUUGUUUUGGAAAAAGAUACAAUUAUGGACAAGAUUAAUCAAAGCUCUAAUGUUCUCAGCGGUCUGACACUCACACAAUUAACUGUGUCACCAGUUGAAUUUUGCCCAAGUGAGCAGGACCCACCAUUAUACCAGUGGCCUCAAACAAAACCAAAUAAUACACAGGAAAUACAAUGUCUAAAAAGCCCUAUGUAUACAGCUAAAAGGACAUGUUUUUUAGGUCUCUUCAAUUAUACAUCCUUUUGGGGUGAGCCAGAUUUAUCAGAUUGCAUGGAUAAUGCAAACGACUUGGCUAAUCAGUUGCUAAAUCUUACUGGCCAAGAGAUGACAGCAGAGAAAGUCGAUGAAGUUGUCGAAAGACUGAAGAAAAUAGUAAAUGACGUUGAAAUCAAUGCUGAUCUAGGGACAACAGUUGUAAAUGUGUUCUCCAAUAUCCUUAGCAGCUCAGACAACGCAUUAAUAAAAUCAUCUUCUGAAGCUCUAAAAACAAUAGAAGCCUUGGCACUAAAGAUUCAAUUUUCACAGCCGUCUGUCAGCAUUGUGUCACGUAACUUGUGUCUGGGAGUUUCCAAAGUAAACGCUACCUCAUACAAUGGUGCCAGCUUCAGCGUGGGAGCUCAGAACAACAGCCAUGACUUUGAGAUUGACUUGAAGAAAAAUCAAGACAGUCCUCUGGCUUCCGUUGUCCUCCCAUCCAGCCUUUUGUCAAAAUUAAGUCAAAGUGAUUUCUAUACAGUUUCAAGAGCUCAGUUCACUUUCUUCAGCAAAGCUGGACUUUUUCAGGAUUCACAACUAAAUUCUUUGAAUAAAAAACUAAACAGUUACAUUGUGGCAUGCAGCAUUGGAAAUAUUUCUAUUCAAAACCUUUCAGAUCCCGUUAGGAUUACUGUUAAGCAUCGAUCACAACAGGGAAACGAAGAUCCAACCUGUGUUUUCUGGGACACCACAAAAAAUUCUGGAAACGGUGGCUGGAGCCAAACUGGCUGCAGGGUGCUGAUAAACGAAUCCAAUGUGAACGAGACAGUCUGCUUGUGCAAUCAUCUCACACAUUUUGGUAUAUUAAUGGACCUCCAAAGAAAGGGGGAAUCUUUAGAUCCACUGACUACAAAAAUACUUACCUUCAUAACAUAUAUUGGCUGUGGAAUAUCUGCCAUAUGUACAGCUGCUACACUUCUGACUUAUAUUGCAUUUGAAAAAAUAAGGCGUGAUUAUCCUUCCAAGAUCUUGAUGAACCUGAGCACUGCCCUGCUCUUCCUGAACCUUUUCUUCCUCCUGGAUGGCUGGCUUGCAUCCUUUGAAAUCAAUGAACUAUGUAUAGCUGUUGCUGCCCUGCUACACUUCUUUCUUUUAGCUACCUUCACCUGGAUGGGAUUAGAAGCUGUACAUAUGUACAUUGCCCUAGUCAAAGUAUUCAACACAUACAUUCGUCGAUACAUUCUGAAAUUCUGUAUUAUCGGUUGGGGUAUACCUGCUAUAGUGGUUGCCAUUGUUCUGGCCAGUACACACAAAAACAUUGCUUAUGGAAGUAGUGUAUAUGGGAAAGAUUCUAAUGGAAAUGGUGGUGAUCCAUUCUGCUGGAUAAAUGACAACACUGUUUUCUAUGUGACUUGUGUGGCCUACUUUGCAAUUAUAUUCCUGAUGAAUGUAGCCAUGUUCAUUGUGGUGAUGGUACAGAUUUGUGGAAGAAAUGGAAAGAGAACCAAUCGCAGCAUCCGAGAGGAGCUCUUGCGGAACAUGCGCAGUGUUGUCAGUCUUACAUUUCUGCUGGGAAUGACAUGGGGGUUUGCUUUCUUUGCAUGGGGCGAAGUUACGGUUGCCUUCCUGUAUCUGUUCACUAUUUUCAACUCUUUGCAAGGCUUGUUUAUAUUUGUCUUCCACUGUGCAUUAAAAGAAAAUGUACAAAAACAAUGGAGGCGGCACCUAUGCUGUGGGAAACUUCGCCUGCCAGAUAAUUCAGAUUGGAGUAAAACAGCCACUAAUAACACAAAGAAGGUCAGCUCAGAUAAUCUAGGGAAAUCCCUUUCCUCGAGUUCUAUAGGCUCAAAUUCCACAUACUGGACAUCCAAGUCAAAAUCAAGCUCGAAUCAUUACUUUAAAAGAAACAGUAGCACAGGUUACAUAUUUGGGGAUAGAUCCUCAAUCAAGUUUACACCCGUGGAUGGUGAACAGACGUCAAUUCUUCCAGUUCAUCAUGUUAUCGACAAAGUGAAGGGCUAUUGCCACCCCCACUCUGAUAACUUCUAUAAGAACAUCAUUAUGUCGGAUUCCUUCAGCAACAGCACAAAAUUCUAAGAGUCAAGGAGAGCAGACUUAUGUGGGGAUCAUGCUUCAUAGCAAUUUUAAAUUCAAAAGGGAAUGUAAAUAAUGACAUCUGUGGGUUUGC